UACUCCGCAAUACAUACAUACAUUCGCAUGGACGAGUGACAGCAAGUGACAGGUUCAUUCUCGAAGCAGUAACAACACGACCGUAAUGACCUGCUAUUGGUACGGAUGCAUUGGAGGGAGCGUAACAAAAACAUAAUUUCAAUGCCUAGAACGGUAGUGAAUCAUCGUGAAAGCGUGAGAUCACCGUAGAGAGCAGGCACGACCGACGACGACGAGAACGUUAACAGGCAUCAUGGAAGUAUUGGAUCCGAGCGUCUCUAGAGACGAUCAACCCCUUUGCAUCAACGAUUCUCUGGAGCGAGUUAAUACAUUGCAGAUUCCAGCAGACACUAAAUCAUGCAUAAAAGCACGCCAUACAUUAGGUUUCCUGGGUUUUCUUGGCUUUGCCCUUGUGUAUGCUAUGAGGGUCAAUUUAUCAGUAGCCAUUGUUUCCAUGGUUAAUCAAACAGCGAUACCACAUACCGAGGACAAUGAUACUAGUGAUGUUUGUCCCAAAACUAAGCCAAUAAAUGGAACUUUUAUACCGAGCGCGGGAGAAUUUAACUGGAAUGAGAAGACUCAAGGUAUCAUACUGGGUGUUUUCUUUCUCGGCUAUGUAACAACAAAUGUCCCGGGUGGUAGAAUGGCCGAGAAAAUGGGCGGCAAGCUAAUUUAUGGUCUGGGAGUGUUUCUGACUGCUGUUCUGACAGUGAUAAGUCCAUUUGCCGCAUAUUGGGGUCUAGUACCGUUUCUAGUUGUACGGGUCGCAGAAGGCUUUACCGAAGGGGUAACAUUUCCCGCGAUGCAUAGUAUGCUGGCGCAUUGGGUACCGCCAUUGGAGAGAAGUAAAUUUGCUGCUAUAGUAUAUGCAGGUGCGAAUUUCGGAACUGUCGUUUCGUUACCAGUGAGCGGCUGGCUGUGUUCACUAGAAUUAUGGGGUGGUUGGCCACUUGCAUUUUAUUUAUUUGGAGGGCUUGGUCUCGUAUGGUAUGCGUUCUGGUUGAUAUUUAUAUAUGAUACUCCUUCGCAGCAUGCAAAAAUCGAUCCUUCCGAAAAGGCGUAUAUCGAAGCUAGCGUUGAGAAAAAAGACGAGAACGACGAUCCGGGAGUACCUUGGUUAUCUAUCUUCACCUCUCCACCUAUAUGGGCCAUUAUCAUUACACAGUGCGGUCAGUCCUGGGCGUUUUACACUCUUCUGACCGAGCUACCAACGUAUAUGGACAAAAUUUUGCAUUUAAAUGUGCAACAGAACGCAUUUCUCUCGGCGUUACCAUACUUGAGCGCUUGGUUGGUGGGACUCGGUAUUUCGAGCUUUGCGGAUGCGCUCCUCGCUCGUCGUCUGAUCUCGCCCUUGGCCUCGUUUAAACUGUGGAACACGGUUGCUUCAUUAGGACCUAGUCUCAGUUUCAUCGGUGCUAUCUGGGCCGGAUGCGAUCGUAUGACCGUGAUGUUGAUGCUCGCGGGGCUGGGCUCUCUUCAGGGCGCAGUAUACGCCGGAAAUCAGAUGAAUCACAUCGCGUUAGCGCCCCGUUACGCGGGCACCUUGUACGGAUUGACGAAUGCCGCGGCAAACGCAUGCGGCUUUUUGGCGCCUUACGUUAUCGGCAGUAUAGUAGAGGGACAUGAGACUCUUGCACGCUGGCAUACGGUGUUCUGGAUGGCAGCAGGAUAUAAUUGCUUCUAUUUAUUGUUUGCAUCUGCUACUGAACAGCCAUGGAGUAAAGGCGGUAGUUGAUGACGAUGUCGCAUUAGAGACGCGAUAUUGAACGUGGAAAAUAAUAUAUUCUCUAAUCAUAUUGCACACAGUACAUUUUAAUUUACUGGCUGGCCAAUUUUUUAUAAUACUCGGUAUAAAUAUUACCGAUUAUUUUUUGUAAAAUAAUUUAAUGUUUGUUAAUUUAUUUUCUAAAGUUUUAUAGUCUAAUCGUAUUUAUCAUUAGGUGAUAAAUACAAUGACAAAUGGGUCGUAUUUCAGUAUUAUCCAUUUCUGCUAACACAUGAUAAUUAGAUAAGCGUCGCCCGUAUGGCCUCUGCUUCAGAUAAUUGAAAUUGUUAUAUUUCUUUUAUUUCCAAUUUUGCUUUUAAUCCAGAUUCAGAUCACAUCGAAUACAUGAAUCUGAAUAUAUAAAAGUAUCUGCAGUUUUAGGAAAAGAAACUAAGUAAAUACAAAUCUUAAGUUUGAUAUAGUAAGUCUGUCUCUCUUGCAAUCAGUAUUUGAAAGAAAGUGAUUAGCAGUAUGUGCAAACAUAAAUUGAAAAAAGUAGAAUAAAAUAUUUUUAAUGCUUCGUUUCCGAAAAAAAUAACUUUAAAUUUCAUUACUACAAUAAAUUAUUAAAAAAGUUAUAUAUAAAAUGUUAAGAUUACUUAAUUCUUUUUUCAAUAUGAUAAUUUUGCAUAGUUUCCUUCCAGGCAAUUUAAUGAGGUAUGAUCCAAAGUCAUUAAAAGUUAUUAAUGCUUAAAAAAGCAGUAGAUAAUGAUUCUCCAAUUUUAUUGCCAAUUUUUAAAAAAAUAAGUCUCUUAUAAAGAAAUUCUGAUCUAUUUUUUUCAAUAUAUCUUUGCAUACAACAUCUCUUUCUCAAUUAUAUUACCAUAUGAAAUAUUUUCUAUAUAUAUAAAUGGCAUUUAAUUUUGCAAAUAUAUAUUCUACUAAAUAUAUGUAUAUCUCACAUACACAUAUGUACACGACAAUACAUACAAUAGAUCAAAACUUGCACACUCGAAAUCUGAUGUAUACACAUUUAUCUAAUAUUAAAAAAUGAUGACGUGUGAUAGAUUCUCUCUUUACAGGGAAACAAUUGAAAUUAUUAGCGAUAUGGAUAUUAAAAAUUAUAUAUUUUUAUUUAUACAAUUUCAAAAAAAUAUAUAUCUAUAUAUAAUUUCUAAACAUUUUAAAUAUUGUCAAUUUAUUGUUUUAAAAACAAAGGUAUUAUUUAUUUAUAAUGCCAAAAGAGAAAUAAGUAAGAUAAAUAGCUUCUAUUACAUAAAAAUUAUGUAAGUGGAAUUUAUUAUAUUCAAUGUUAAUAUAUGUCAUUGACAUAUAUAUUUCUGACAAUGAAACAAACAUAAAAUAAUAUGGAAACAAAUAAAUGAUUUUGUCGUUAUAAAAGAAAGAAGUACAUGUAUAAUUUAUAGAAAUUUUAUUCCAAAUGUAUCGAGAUAUGAAAUAGAAAUCAUUAGAAAUUGUAUCUAGCACAAUAGACGAAUAUUCAUAUGAAAUAUAUUGAAUGCAUAUCGUACAUCUUCAAUUUGAAUGAUAUUUUUAAAAAUACAAAAAUUUGCAUAACAAUAUGUAUAUACAAAAUGACAUAAUCACAUUUUAAUUUGCGAGAAAAAUAUUAGAGUAGUCUUCUAUGUGAAUAAAUGUACAAAAACUUUUUCCAAAUGUAUUGAUGAUAUCUAAAUAAGCGAUAACAAUAAUCGAUUAUUUAUACACAAAUUUUUAAUCAU